CGGUAAGGUACCCGGAUGUGAAAGGCCAUGUGCACAACUCCCGUCUGUCCUCCUCCUUCACUCGUUAUAUCACCCGUCUGCCAGACGCGCGCCGUGUAGCACCCACAAGCCUCUAUCCUUACAAGUAUGUUUCGUCUACCAACCGUCAUGAAGCAGGUGAGGCCUGUUUGCAGGGCCUUGGCUCCUCACCUCACUCGGGGCUACGCCAAGGACGUGAAGUUUGGGGCUGAUGCUCGUGCCCUCAUGCUGCAAGGAGUGGACCUGCUUGCUGACACUGUUGCUGUCACAAUGGGACCUAAGGGUCGGACAGUCAUCAUUGAGCAGAGCUGGGGCAGCCCAAAGGUGACUAAAGAUGGCGUCACGGUGGCCAAGAGCAUUGACCUGAAGGACAAGUACAAGAACAUCGGUGCCAAGCUGGUGCAGGACGUGGCCAACAACACCAACGAGGAGGCCGGAGACGGCACCACCACUGCCACAGUUCUGGCGCGUGCCAUUGCCAAAGAAGGUUUCGACACCAUCAGCAAAGGCGCCAACCCGGUGGAGAUCCGCAGAGGUGUGAUGAUGGCCGUGGAGACGGUCAUCAGCGAGCUGAAGAGACUCUCCAAGCCAGUGACGACUCCUGAGGAGAUUGCUCAGGUUGCAACCAUCUCAGCGAACGGAGACACAGAAAUUGGAAACAUCAUUUCUAAUGCCAUGAAGAAAGUUGGGCGCAAAGGAGUCAUCACCGUUAAGGACGGAAAGACCUUGCACGACGAGCUUGAGAUCAUUGAGGGAAUGAAGUUUGACCGUGGUUACAUCUCCCCCUACUUCAUCAACACUGCCAAAGGACAAAAGUGUGAGUUCCAGGAUGCCUACCUGCUGCUGAGUGAGAAGAAGAUCUCCAGUGUCCAGAGCAUCGUUCCAGCCUUGGAGAUUGCCAACCAGCACAGGAAGCCACUGGUCAUCGUGGCGGAGGAUGUGGACGGAGAGGCGCUGAGCACCCUGGUCCUUAACAGGCUGAAGGUCGGUCUGCAGGUGGUGGCUGUCAAAGCCCCGGGAUUUGGAGACAAUAGGAAGAAUCAGCUGAAAGACAUGGCCAUUGCCACUGGGGGCACUGUGUUUGGUGACGAGGCCCUGGGACUGGCUCUGGAGGACAUCCAGGCUCAUGACUUUGGUAAAGUUGGGGAAGUGCAGAUCACCAAGGAUGACACCCUGCUGCUCAAAGGAGCUGGAAACCCUGCCGAAGUGGAGAAGCGUGCGGCAGAGAUCGCUGAGCAGCUGGAGAGCACCACCAGCGACUAUGAGAAGGAGAAGUUCAAUGAGCGACUGGCCAAGCUGUCCGAUGGUGUGGCCGUGCUCAAGAUCGGAGGAACCAGCGACGUGGAGGUGAACGAGAAGAAGGAUCGAGUGACUGACGCUCUCAAUGCCACUCGCGCUGCAGUUGAGGAGGGCAUUGUUCCUGGAGGAGGCUGCGCUCUGCUGCGCUGCAUCCCGUCUCUGGAGGGAAUCAAAACUGCCAACGCCGACCAGAAAAUCGGAGUGGACAUCAUCAAACGCGCCCUGCGCAUCCCAGCCAUGACCAUUGCCAAGAACGCUGGUGUUGAGGGCUCUCUAGUCGUGGAGAAGAUCCUCCAGGGCCCAGCUGAGGUCGGGUACGAUGCGAUGCUCGGGGAGUACGUCAACAUGGUGGAGAAGGGCAUCAUUGACCCCACCAAGGUGGUGAGGACAGCGCUCCUGGACGCAGCUGGUGUGGCCUCCCUGCUCUCCACAGCUGAGGCCGUGGUGACAGAGAUUCCCAAGGAGGAGAAGGAGAUGCCAGGAGGCGGCAUGGGAGGCAUGGGUGGAAUGGGAGGCAUGGGCGGUGGCAUGGGCUUCUAAGUCGUUCCUCCUGACUCUUUCCGAAAGACUUAAAGGGCAGAAUGGUGCAGCGGAAAGCUUCUGCACCCAUUCCACCGAAUCUGUCCUCACCGACUUGACCAAGUUUGCGAUUGCUGCCGCAAAAAUGGUUAACGCCCACAACUACAAACAGUUCCGCCUGAAGGAGGCCGACUAUUCUCUCGUUCAUACAGUCCGAGAGCCCGCAGUGUCCAGUAAUGGAACCAGAGCCCCCUGUCACAGUCGCCAUCAUCUUCAUCCAUGAGAAAUGCUGGACGUUUUAUUUCUCCAUCUGUUGCUCUCUAACAUCGUCUGAAACUGCUCUCACUCUAGUGCGCCGUUGACAAAGGUUUGAAUGAAGAGUGGAAUGUGUUGUCCUCAAUGUUUGUCUUUUGUUAAUUUUUUUGGUUUUUUUUAUAUAUAUAUAAUGUGAAAGUUUUCUCCUGCUGAUCUGAAGUGGGUUAGAACUUGUCAGUUGAUUUAAUUAAAAGAAUUUUGUCAUAAAAGCA